UUGGGUGAUCAGGAAACUUACUAAAAUCAUGUGACAAAGUACUAGUUUGUAAUACUAAGGAUUAUAAUUCCGUAAAUUCUUGUAUUAUCCUAUACUUUAAUUAACCUACCGAAUUAAGCAAUUAUCAAUAUUUUUAAUUUGUCAGAUUAACUAAAGGAAAAAAAACAGCAGCUAAAAUGUUAAAAAUCAUCUGCAGUACAUUCCAUUACAGCGCAGAACCGGAAAAGCAGGGUACAUAAGUUGUGGUGUUGGUGACACACCUUUGUCUCAAGUGUGAGCGAUUUUUUUUUUGGUCCAAUAAAAGUGUUUAUGGCACAUACGCGUGACGCCUAUUAAUGUGCUGCAGUCUGUCUAGAAAAAUCCAGAAGGAAGCUUCCAGCUCCCAAGGUUACCUAAUCUGGCUACCCCAUUUCGGGAAGCGGCACCCUACUGCGUGCUGAUUAUGCAUAGCUACCCGCAUGGAUGGUCAAAUAGGGCGGGGUAAAUAAUGCAAGGACAUCUCAUGAUUACUGCAAACAAACUGGACCAAAAUAAAACGAAAACAGCAACGACUGAGCGAAGCGCAUCCAUAAAGCCCGGGUAUCUGGCCACACUUUUGUUUCCGCGUUUAUUCCAGGCUCCGUCGGGCUGUUUCUGCGGCUCUCUGGGCCCUUGUUCGCAUUUAAGCAGCUCCGGACUUGCAGUACAUCCGCACGGAAACGGCCGGAUCUGAGCUGGAAUUGACCGGCGGGGCUCCGUACUAGCCGAGGCGAUCCGGAUUGCCGAUCGCACACUGCCCGGCGUCCUCCUCCGUGCAAUCAGGGGGCGGCGACGCGGCUACGCCCCAUCAGACAGCGAACCGGGGAGGCCCAGCUGUAACCCGUGCGCUGCCGGGUCUCCUCCCUCCCACAUCGCCUGCAAUAACACUAGAAGUCGCAUCGGGAAGCAUCCCUUCCUUGUUCCCAAUUCGGCAUACAAGAACCAGGUCUAGACGACGGCACAGAUAACCGGCCGGCCUAAAACCCGAUAGGACGAGCGGCAGGCAAGAGCAGUGCGGAGCCACCCGGUCGUGUCGUGGACGGAUCGCCAAUGGCAGCCCUCCGGACGGUGGUGCAGAGAUGGCGCCUGCAGCCCUUCCCCAAAGCCCUUGGCUCUGUGCGCGUCCUCAGUUCCUCCUUCAAGGCAUCUGACAUCAUGGUUGAGCGCAGCAAGACCCUGCAGCCCAAACCAGACCCAUCCACCCUGGUCUUCGGAAAGCAGUUCUCAGACCACAUGCUCACCAUCUCCUGGUCUCAGAAGGACGGCUGGGCCACACCGCAGAUCAAGCCCUUCCAGAACCUGUCGCUGCACCCGGCCUCCUCGGCACUGCACUACUCCAUAGAGCUUUUCGAGGGGAUGAAGGCCUUCCGCGGGGUGGACGGCCGCGUACGGCUCUUCAGGCCCAUGCUCAACAUGGAGAGGAUGUACAGGAGUGCCGAACGCUGCUGCCUGCCCCUCUUCGACAAGGUGCAGCUGCUGGAGUGCAUCCGCAAACUGGUGGAGCUGGACCAGGAGUGGGUGCCGUACUCCACUGACGCCAGCCUCUACAUCCGGCCCACCUUCAUCGGUACUGAGCCCUCCCUCGGAGUUUCCCGGGCAGGCCACGCUCUGCUGUACAUCAUCGUGGGCCCCGUGGGGCCCUACUUUGCUACCGGGGCCUUCAACCCGGUGUCCCUGCUGGCCGACCCAAGCUACGUGAGAGCCUGGAGGGGCGGCGUCGGCGAGUUCAAGAUCGGGGGUAAUUACGGCCCUACCAUCGCGGUUCAGAGCGAAGCCCAGAAGCUCGGCUGCCAGCAGGUCCUGUGGCUCUACGGGGAUCAGGAGGAGAUCACCGAAGUGGGAACCAUGAACCUUUUCAUCUACUGGACCACGGAAGCCGGAGAGAGAGAGCUGCUUACCCCGCCACUAGAUGGCAUUAUUCUUCCUGGGGUCACCAGGCAGUCGCUGUUGGACCUCGCUCGCAAAUGGAAUGAGUUCCAGGUCACUGAGCGAACUGUAACGAUGAAGGAGCUACUGGGGGCCCUGAACUCGGGGCGGGUCCUGGAGGUGUUUGGUUCUGGGACGGCCUGUGUGGUUUGCCCUGUGGGCAGCCUGCUGUACAAGGGACAGACCUACGAAAUUCCCACAAUGAGGAAUGGGCCUGACCUGGCUAAGAGAUUUCACAAAGAGCUGACAGAUAUCCAGUACGGACGCCAGCAGAGCGACUGGACCACCCUGGUGGCUUAAGCGGGACAUUGUGGCUGAUCACCCUGGCCUUCCACCCCGAUGACAACCUCUAGGCCCACCCCCAGUUCCUCUACAGGUCUGCUGGCUGAUUAGAGCAGUGUGUCCCAAUCCACUCCUUGGGCACCCUCAGACAGUCCCUGUCUGGCAGGGAGCUGGGAGGGAGCAAAAACACGGACCGUCUGUGGUUCCUCGAGGACCAGGUUGGGAAAAGAGAUUAGAAAAUAUAGCAUUCAUGUGGCGAUAAUGACUGACCUUACUCUCCUCUAAAGCAGUGUUUCCUAAUCCAGUCCUUGGGGACCCACAGCCGGUCCAUGUUUUUGCUCCUUACCAGGGACAUGAACUGUGUGCGAGUCCCCAAAGACCGGAUUGGGAAACACCAUUCUAAAGUGAUGGGAAGUAUCCUUCAAACUGACUGAACCAUUCUCAGAGCACAGUGCAAUCCAUCACAAAGCUGAGGUAGUUUCAGCUGGUUCUAGAUGAUAUUGUCAUGUGUGUCUAGUUGGUGUGUCAUUUUUGCACAAUUUCAUUCGCUUCUAUAUCCAAUAAGGUUGUCGGGGUAUUAAGCACCUUCAUUAAUGAGCCAUGUGACUGGAAUAUUCUCUGAGCUGCUCUGACUAGAACAUCAUGAUGCUGUUUCAUCCUGAAUUAUAUACCGAAAGCUUGUAAACUGCAAGCUGUUUAAUUUGUAGUGAGCGCUUGAAAAGAGGGUUUAUUUUUCUAAAGUUACAAGCAGAGAACAAAUCAUGUACUGUAGUGACAAGCUGAAAGGCUAUCGGUGGUCGUUUCGUUGUUUUGUCGGUAAGUCAACGCUAAUGUGGUGAAGUCGCUGUUAUCGUCUCCGUGUGGAUGUCACCUGACGUGGUUUAGAGGCGUUCAUUUAACGGAAAUGCUUUUAGAUGUUUUGAACUGGGUCAGUUUAAGCUCAUUUGUGUGGAUGGUGAUUAUUUGUGGUGGCGGUAAGUGAGUGCACAUUAAAUGGGGGGAAGAAGCACGGAGUAAGGAGAGGGUUGCCCAGGCGAUGGCCUGAAUGGGACCAGACCAUACCAUGGGUUGGGGGGGGGGGGGGGGAGAUGCAGCCUGCAGUGGCACCCCUAUAAGUCUUCCACUUAGUAUCUUCUGCCGUCCUGGCUCUGAACUCACCUGUUACAAAGUGCCUCGUCUUGGAUCAACUCGUCGUUCCUGUUACUGAUUCUCAUGUCAUACGGCUGUGCUCAUGUGUGCUGUUCAUCUUUGACUCUAAUGGCUCUUCCUGCCUUUUUACAAUAAACGUGUUUUUGCUCAGCCGUUU